GAUCCGACGCAGCCCGAAUCCAGCGAAGCAUCGCAUCCCACCAUGUCGAACCUCUUGAAGACCCCGUCCUUCAAGAAAAAGAACCCCCUCCGGUCCUUCCAGAAGGACGGAAGCGGCCUGGCCCGAACGGCCCCCAACACGCCCGAGGAGGAGGACCACGGGGUCACGAUCGUGGCGAACGAGAUCGAUCCCUCGGCGGACCCGGUCUCGGCCCUGGUGCAGAUGGGGGGAGCCUCCCCCCCGUCCCCCCUCCGCGGGGACCACCGGUCGUACUCCUCGUCGAGGGAAGAAAAGAAGGAGGAGCCCCAGGGGGCUUCCACCAAGGCCACCAGCACGGCGCUGGCCACCACCGGGGACGAGGACGUCGUCAGCAAGACGCUCCGCUUCCUGGACGACAUGUGCGCCGUCCCGCCGAUCCCCCCGUCUCCCCGCGACGUUCUGGGCGCCGCCGUGGGCGCUCCGGGAACGGGCCGGUCCCAGAUCCUCGCCAGGCCCUACACGGGAAGGGCGGGCAGCAGCCACCACAACGACGACACGACCGCCACCCCCUCGAUGCGCUCCAAGUCCACCUCCGUGUCGAGCGCCAGAAGCGAUCCCUCCUCCUCGCGGUACUCGACGAGCGCGGGACCCUCGUCCGCGCCCUCGUCGCAGCCCACGGCGAUGGUCAAGAACCACAUCGAGCGCAAGCUGGCCAGCGAGAGGGCCAGCGGGAGCAUUCCCCGGUCCCCCUCGCACGACCACGAGAACUUCGAGGUGGUCCUAGACCCCUCCUCGCUGCUGGAGGAGGUGGCCGUGCCGGACAAGCCCACCAAGGCCAAGCGGUGGCCACGCCUGUCCAAGACGCUCUCGGCGACCCUGUCGGCGCAAAAGAAGGACAAGAAGCAGCAGCAKCAGCAGCAAAAAGUGUCGCCCGGGGAAACCAAAUCGCCCAAGCCGGAGAUGCCUAGCACCGAGAGCGAGGGGCCCCUCGACGAGGAAAUCGGCCGGCUGAUCGGAGCCAUCGAAAAGGACCGCAAGCUUGCUGCGGCUCCGGAGGAGGGACCAUCGGAAGGCGCUGCCGAGCACCAGCACGCGGAGCAAAGGUCUUCCGCCGGCCCGAAGGUCCUGGCCAAGAAGAUCUGGAAGCAGGCCAAGAAGAUCCCCGGAUCCGUCCGACACGGGGACAGCAAGAAGCAGCAGCAGCAACACCGCCUGGAGGUCGACAACGACGCGGCGGUCGCCCACCGGUCGGCGAAAGAAUCAAAGGCCCGCCUCGAGUCGCAGGAAUUUUUGAAGCAGGAGAGCCCCAGGCACGGCGUGGAACCCAUCCUGGAGGAGAACGAGAACGAGGACGAGGAGGAGGAGGAGGUCGAUCGCGAGAACGCAACCGGAACGGCCACGGAUGCCACCGAGCAGGCGACGUCCAUGGCGGAGGCCUGGAACAACAUCUUUUCCCACAUUACAAGCACGCUGGACCCCGAGUCCCUGGAGGCCGGGGGCUGCGCCGACGCGGCGAACUCGAUGCUCCACACCAGCGGGGAGUCCUCGGAGCCGACCCAAGCCGAGAGGCCCGACCCCCAGGAGGAGAGGCUCCGCAACGAGGAGGCCCUGGCCACCGCGGGGCAGUCCGUCGAGGUCAGCCACGGCCAGAAGAAGGCCCCGACGAGCCGCGCCGCCCUGCUGGGGCAGCGCCUCAAGAAGAUCCAGAAGAGCGCCUACUUCAAGACCCACAAGAAGAAGAACCGCACAAAGGCCAAGGCCGGUGCGGCGGCGACGCCGAGACAAGCGCAGCCGUCGGGCGGGGCUUCCACGGCGUCGGACUCCCGGGCCGGUGCCGAGGACAUCCCCGGCAUGCCCGCCCCCCCGAAGAUGAUCUGGAAGUCGGUGGUGGACCCGAGGACGGGCCGGACCUACUACUACCACCGCAAGACGCGGGAGACGACCUGGUUCAAGCCAGAGGCCAUGAAGCAGUACGAGCGCGACUACAAGGAGUGGCUCGCCACCGUCGCCGGCGAGGGAGCCUCCAACGAAGCCGCCGGGGCCCCCGUUGCCACGACGGCUUCCGGGGACGCACGCGGGGAGAAGGAGGUCCCGUCCGUUGCCCGCUCGUCGUCCUGGCCCAAGGCGGAGGGCGGCGCGGCGACGGCGACGGCGGACGAAAACUCCGUGGACAGCAUCGUGAAGCGGACCUCCAGCAACCCCCUGAACGGGUGCGGGAUCAUCCCCGUCCGGAUUCCCGAGGCCGGGGAGGACACCCCCGGGGGAGAGGCAGAGGCAGAGGCAGAGGCAGAGGCAGGGCCGGGCGCCGAGGCCGGAGAAGCUACCGAGCCGGUCGCCAACGAGGGCCGUUCCGGAAGCGAAGCCGAGAAUGCAGAACACCCCGAGGCCGGAAAAGCGGAAGCCUCCCCCGGAAAGGCUUCUCCCGACGACUCGAAGCCCUUUGACGAGGGAACCCCCUUUGACGAGGAGCCCGCGCCUGCCCCCGAGGCCUCUAAGAAGAACGAGCCCGGCCUUCUCUUUUUGCCGCGGUCCCCGAAGCGCUUCUCGCGCACCACGACCUACAUGAGCAAGGCCUCGGCCCGGUCGGCCCUGACGGACCGGACCGAAAAGAUCAAGAACACCGGCAAGGGCCGCUUCUCGGGGAUCAACGCCAUUUCCGAGACGAUGUCCUCGGGCACCAGCAUCAGCAGCCUCCCCAGCCGGGUCCCGGUCGUCCGGGAGCGCCAGCUGAUGGUGGAGGAGCUCACGGACGCCCGCAUCAGCGCUGAGAGCUACGAGGGCACCUCGGGCGAGCGCCGCGGCCGGAUCGUCAAGGGCCGGGCGCGGCACUCGGGGCCCUCCGGCUCGCCCCCCCUGCCGAGGCCCCACCACCCGCCACCGCACUACGACGCAGACGAGGACACGGGCGACGAGCGGGGAGGAGCCACCAGCGCCUUUGACAACGAGACGUACGAGACGUACGGGACCGACUCGGUCUCGGCCCUCUCGGAGAACGACACGGACUUUUUGAGCCGCCGGGACAACUUCGACCAGGCCCGGAGGCGGGCCCUCGACGCGGCCAUCGAGGUCGAGGACUGGGACCUGGCCGCAGCCCUCUCGGACGGGAUGCGGGCGGCCAACCUCCCCGGGGGCUACGAGAAGGCCCACACCUCGUGGAACCAGAGCGAGCUCGACAAGUUCAUUGCCACGAACGACUGGGACGCCGUCAAGGCCUACAUUGCCAAGAUGCGCCGGGCUUCGGCGAGCGCGAACGCCAACGCCCGCAAGAAGGUGGGCUCCCGGUCCCGGAUCCAGCACCGGGAGGCGGCCUCGGAAUCGAGCUGGAGCGGGAGCGACUCAGGGUCGUCCUACGAGACGUACGAUACCGAGUCGCAGAUCUGAGGCAAACCGACACGGAACGGGACGGAACGAUGUGCGAGGAACACGGGGUCGGUUCGGUUCGGUUUGAUUUCAUUGGAUUGGAUUGGAUUGGAUUGAAUCCAGUCAAAGCCGACGUCGAAUUUGAAUGAAACAAAACAAAACAAAUCAAAAUGA